GCCACCAUCCAGGCGAGGAGACCGCAAUCCCUCCGAGCAGAAGGUGGCCGACGGCCACCCGUCCGACCCCUGCGAGCCCGUCGGCAGCCGGCCCUCUCUCCCCGGCAACCGGGAAGACCGAAGAACCAUGGGGAUCUUGCUGACCCGGCUCUGGAAUGCCCUGGCAGGGUUCUCGGGGCUGCAGGCCCGCGUCCUGCUGCUGGGCCUGGACGCGGCAGGCAAGUCCACCAUCCUGCACAGGUGGAAGUUUAACGAGGCCGUCCACACCAUCCCCACCGUGGGUUUCUCCGUGGAGACCCUGGAGCUGCCGGGCCACGUCACCUUCACCGUGUGGGACGUGGGGGGCCAGAAAAGGAUCCGGGCCCUCUGGAAGCAUUACUACGCCAACACCGAGGGGCUGGUGUUUGUGGUGGACAGCACCGACCACGAGAGGUUCGAGGAAGCCGCGGCCGAGCUGGGGGCCAUCGUGGACCACGAGGAGAUGUGCGGCGUCCCCUGCCUCGUGCUGGCCAACAAGCAGGACCUGCCCGGCGCCCACAGCCCCGCUCAGGUAGCCGAAGCCCUGGGACUGCGGAAACGACAGGGGCACAGCUGGCACGUGCAGGCCUGCUGCGCAGUGAGUGGGGAGGGGCUCGUGGAGGGCCUCGAGAGGCUGUCGGCCAUGGUGAAGCAGCACCGGGCGGGCCGGGUCAAAUAAAGCGCGUGCCGGGGAGGAUUAGCCAAGGUGCAAGUAGCGGAGCCUGCCCAGGCAUCCCUGGGGAGGUGACCCUCCCUCCCCAACCCCAGAUCUCUUCCUAGCUAGGAGCUUGCUUUCCGCAAAGGCGUCAAAAGGUUUUCCACUGGCACCGCCAGGAGGUUUGAGGGAGCCCCAUUUUGAAUACGACACCGCCAACAACAGUGACUCUCACCCACACCGGUGGGGGAAGACCGACGGACCGUUGCCGAUCCCCUUCCAGGUUCCUGCCGAGACGGCCCCGUGCGGCGUCGAUUCGUGUACUAUCGUUUUCAACCGUGCCUCCUGGACAGCCUAAGAGCCUGCUGAAGCCUAGGGCAUUUAUCUGAGGUGAUCUGAGGAUAUUUUAAAAUCACAGCUAGGCAAACCUACUGGGUUUCAAUUUCUGCUUGUUUCA